AUGCUCUCGUUCCUCUCCAUCGGCUGGUCGCCGACUCGCGCGCCGGCCAUCGGUCUCGCGCGUGCCGCGGUGACGCUCGACGUGGCCGCGGGCGAUAUGUCGUACCGAGAGCUCCAGCAGGCCUGCAAGGAGGCGGGGCUGCCGGCGAGCGGCAAAGCCGACGAGCUGCGGACGCGGCUGCUCGAGGCUGAGGCGGCGCCUGCUACGGCAGGUGGCGGGGAGGGCGGCUUCGAGUUCGAGGAGGCGGACGAGCUCGACCUCGGCGACCUGCUCGACGUGCCGCCGCCUGCGCUCGACGCCGACGCCGAGGCGGACCUCUUCUUCGACGCGGGCGCGGGGUGGGACGGGCCGGACGAUCUCGACGCAGUGCUGGGCGAGCUGGAGGGGAUGGGGAGGGUUGGGCUCGACGCGCCGGAGGGAGGCGGCGGCGGCGGCGACCCCGCCAUGAUGAAGUGGGCCGAGGGGCUCGACUCGCUGCCCGACAGCGGAGGAGGAGGGGGGGGAGGAGGAGGAGGGGGAGGGGGAGGAGGGGCGUCUUGGGUUGACGACCUAUUUGCGUCGGCGGAGCGCGAGGCGGCGGGCGGCGGGCGGGGGGGGCGCGGCGGCGGCGGCGGCGGCGGCGGCCGGGGCGGCGGCGAGGGCAGGUACACUGGCACUGGCGGCUACCGGCGGGGCAGCGCCGACCUCGACUCGACCUGGUACGACGGGGCACCGGCUGGCCUCUCGGCGGAGGAUGGCGCGCUUGCGAGCACGAGCAUCCCCAAAACACCCAUUAGCCAAUUCAACACCCGUACGGCGGCCGCCGCACGAGGCGUGUGGGAAGUCGGCGCCGCGAUGCUCAACGACCUCGAGUCUGCGGGCGUGCCUCUCACGCCGCACCACUUCGAGUGCGUGCUGCGCGCGUGCGACCGAAAGGCGCGGUGGCAGGAGGCGCUCGCCCUUCUCGGGAGAAUGCAGGCCGCUUCCCUUCGCCCGACGAGCGCCGCGCUCGAGUGCGCCCUCCGCGCGUGCUCAAAGGCGACUCUCGGGUCCUCUCGGGGUCACCUCGGGGUGGAGGCCGUGUGGGAGGUGUUGCGCGCUGAGGUCGCCAACCCGUCCGCCCCGCUGCGCCCUCCGAUGCGCACGUACAACACGCUGAUGCGCGCGCUCUCUGGCGGCAUCGGGCCGAAGCGGGCUCGCCUCGACACGCAGGCGGUCCGGCUCCGCCUCCCGCUCGACGAGACGGCGUACAAGCACGCCCUCCGCGCCUGCGACCUGCUCGGCGAGUGGAGGCGCGGGAGUGGGGAGAUGUCGGGAGAUGUCGGGAGAUGUGGGGAGAUGCGCGCCCUCGAUCUGCUCGACGAGUCGCGCGCCGCGGGCGUGCCCGCCGACGUGCUGAGCUACGGCAACGCUAUGUCUGCUUGCGCGCGCAACGGGCGGGUCGGCAACGUGCUGCAGCUGCUCGACAAGAUGCGCGCCGACGGGCUGCAGCCGAACGCCUUCUGCUACAACUCCGCGCUCAUCGCGUGCACGCGCGCCUCGCGGCUGCCGCAGGCUCUCUCCAUCUUGCGCGAGAUGGAGGUUGAGGGCGGCGUCGAGCCGACCACCCACUCGUACGCCGCGCUGCUCCGCGCCUGCUCCGGCGCGGCGGGGCGGCGGGCGGCGGCCAGCACCUCUCCGGAGCUUUCUCGGAGCUUUCUCGGAGCCCUCCUGGUAGGCGCGGGCGACUGGCGGACGGCGGUGCAGCUGCUGCGGCGCAUGGAGCGGCUCGAGCUCAAGGCGGAGGCGGUGCACCACGGCCUCGCCAUCAGCCAGCCCGUCACUCAGGAGUGUGGCCACUCGUUACCUCAGGCGGAGGCGGUGCACUACGGCCUCGCCAUCAACGCGUGUUCGCGCGGCGGCGAGGACGGCAAGAUCAUGUCGCUGCUGCGCGAGAUGCAGGGCAUGGGGCUCCACCCGGACGUGGCAACCUUCACCACCGCCCUCUCCGUCUGCGCGGCAAACAACCAGCUGCCGCGCGCGCUCUCGCUCAUCGAGCGCAUGUACUCGCUCGAGGUGGCGCCCGACGUCGCGACGUACAACGCGUGCGACCGCGCCGCAAAGCACACCGAGAUGGUCGGUCUGGUCCAGUCCAUGCCAAAGCUCGGCGUGGAGCCAAACGUCGUCAACUACAACACCGCCAUCCGCGCGCUCGGCCGCGCCGGCGACCUCAAGCGCGUGGCUGAGAUGUUCAGCCUCAUGCGCUCGCGCGGCCUCGAGCCCGAGAGGCACGCCGCCGUCGAGUCCGAGCUCGGCGUCGACGCGGAGGCGGUGAUGGCCGCUGCGGCGGAGGCGCACGACCGGCGCGGCGCCGGUCGUGGGCGCGGGUGGCGCGGGCGCGGUGGGCGCGGUGGGCGGGGCGGGCGGGGCGGGCGCGGGCGAGGCAGCCCCGAAUGGAGCCGGAGGGAGGGGUACGAGGCCGUGCGCUCGCAGUGA